UUGCGACUAGUUUUUAGGCGAGACAAACUGGUUCUUGAGAACAAGAAACUUUACGCCCGUAUUAGUGAACUGGAAUGUGCGCUUAAGAAGACAACUGAUGACAAGCAGUCGUUGUAUGAUGAAUGGAUUGCGCUUUCGGCACUGCUUGAGACGAAAACAAGCGAGAUGUUGCAAUUGCAACAGGAAAGAUUGGUGCUGAUCAACAAAAUUCGCGAUCUCAAUGAACAACAUGCUAAUCUUUUCAACACGGAGGUUGACCUUCAACAAGAGCGGCAGCAGCGAAGAAUACGUGAAGAAAUAGCACGAGCUUGCGAGGACAGUUCUAGAGAUGAUAAAGUGUGA